AUGGCAACGCUGUCUCAGAAGAAACUUGUAGAGUCCAUAAAACUGAUUGAAAGAGAGUGGAUAAAGAUGCACAAGGCAUUAGCCAGAUCAAGAUGUGGAGAGGUAAAGGAAGUCAAGUACAAGUAUGUCGAAAUGAUUGGGAGAGGGUCUUUUGGAGUAGUUGUUAAAAUAAUGGAUGACAGACUUAAUUUCUUUGCUCUGAAGAGAGUUUACCAAGACAGGAGAUAUCACAAUAGAGAACUCAGUAUAUUGAUGGAAGUAGACCAUCCAAACAUUGUGAGACUUGUAUCGUACUUCUAUACGGAUAAGACCCCAUCUGGAAUGUAUCUUAACAUUAUUACGGACUUUGUUGGGAUGAAUCUGGAGGAGUACAUGAAGGCAAAUAGAAAUGUAGAAAUAGACACGAUUAGACCAAUAUACAGGCAGAUUUUGGAAGGGCUGGAAUAUUUACAUGAGAAGAAGAUAUGCCACAGAGAUAUGAAACCAUCCAAUAUACUCAUAGGCCCAAAUGGGUUGGUCAAGAUUUGUGAUCUUGGAAGUGCAAAGGUUAUUGGCAAUGGGGAGAAGAAUAUAACAUACAUAUGCUCCAGAUUCUACAGGGCACCCGAGAACCUUCUGGACUACAAGGAGUAUGAUUUUAAGAUAGACAUAUGGUCUGUAGGAUGCGUUGUUGCAGAGUUUAGACACUCUGGGCCUAUGUUUAAAGGAGAUACGAGUGGAUCCACACUCAACAGGAUUCUGGAAAUUGUUAAAGCUUCUGAGGACGAUUUGAUUGGACUCGGAUGCCAAAGGACCGAUUACAAGCCUGGAGUAGGGGUGAGGAAGUAUCUUGAGAAGCUCUUCGAUGAUCCCGAUCUUCUUGAAGUUCUGGAGAAGUCCUUGGUAUUUUCUCCCAGUAAGAGAUCCACUGCUUCUUCGUUGCUAAAGAGUCGGUUUUUCCAAUGA